AUGUCUCGGUGCUUUCCUUACCCUCCUCCUGGGUACAUACCGAGUAGAGCCAGCAAUGAGGCCUUGAUCGAAUCGAUUAAGCUCCAGAAGGAAAAGGGAAAGGACAAGUCGGAAAGAAAGAAGGAGAAGAAGGAGAAGAAGAGAGAAAAGAAAGAGAAGAAGAAAUCAAAAGAAGAAGAUAAAGCUAAGCAAAUCAAGACCAGCCAAUUGGAGCAUAAUGUCUUUAAAGUAGAGUCCCAAAAGGAAAAGAAGGAUGACACAGAACAGCUUGAAAGGAGCAGUAUCACUGAAGAACAUGAACAGCCAUCACAAAAUCCUAGCUAUUCAUCUGACAGCACCCAGAACAGUGGCUGCAAGCGCAAGAGGCAUGACUCGCCUGUAAACAGUACUCGAGUUCAAGGUGGCAAUAUUCUCCGUUUUCGUCUGCCAUCCCAGAAGCAGAUUAAACAUGAUGUCAAAGGUGAGGAACAACCACCAAAGCAGAUUAAACAUGGUGUUAGAGUUGAUGAACAGCCAAUCCCUUCAUCAUCACUAAAGAUCAUAAAACAACAUACUAUAGGUGGUGACGAUCCUGUCCUUCGACUGCCAUCUCAAGAUCACAGGAAACCUGAAAUCAGAGGAAGUGAAGAUCAACCCUCAACCUCUGGGAGAGCAGAUGUCCUGGUUGAAGAUAAAAACAUUUUUAGUAGAACUGAUCUUGAUAAAUCUUAUCCAAGUUCGCUGGCAGCUGAGCUAAAGGUUAAUGUUGAUCCAUUAAGAUCUGAACAAAGGUGGAUUCAGCAAAAUUCAGGGGGAUUGGAUAACACUUAUUUGGAAGAUGUGUAUGUUGAUUCUAGCUCGAGAAGAUUCAAGAAAAUGAAAAAAGUAGCAGAUAAAUACAAAAGUUUGAUAGAGGAUUGGACCCCUCCGUGUUUGUUGAGGGAUGAUGACGACGAGAAAGGGGAUGACUGGUUAUUUGGAAGCAAGAAUGAAGCAACAACUCGGCCGGAGAAGAUGUUAAGAGCAGCCAGUACAGAUAUGAUGAUGACCUGUUCUGGCAGUUCUACAUUGUGGCCUCCUCGAGCUCAGUACUUGCCAGAGGCGGAUGUAUACGCCUUGCCUUACACUAUUCCUUUCUGA